ACUCGGUCGUUGUAGUAUAGUGGUAAGUAUUCCCGCCUGUCACGCGGGCGACCCGGGUUCGAUCCCCGGCAACGGCGAAUAGUUUUUUGGGUUGUCUAAAUUUUAACGACCGACUGAACUUCGGAAAAUCCUCCAACUCUUAUCCCUCGAAAGUAGAAAAAUGGCGUUACCGUCAACUUCAGUCCCCGUAUCUACUUUCCCUCUCCAUCUCCUCCCUGCUUCAGACCCUCCUUACAAGCUCCUCCAAAGCCACCCAUCUCUCUCCCUCCUCUCCAAAUGCAAAACCAUCCAAACCCUCAAACAAGUGCACUCCCACAUCAUCAAAACUGGCCUUCACCACACCCAGUUUGCUCUCAGCAAACUCAUUGAGUUCUGCGCCGUUUCUCCUUUCGGUGACUUGCCUUAUGCCCUUUUGCUCUUUCACUCCAUUGAUGAACCAAAUCAAGUUAUUUGGAAUACUAUGAUUAGAGGGCUUUCAUUGAGUUCAACCCCCGAACUCGCCUUGGAAUUCUAUGUUAAAAUGAUUUGGUCUGGUAUUCUCCCGAAUUCUUAUACUUUUCCUUUCGUUUUGAAAUCAUGCGCCAAAAUGGAUGGUACCCAGGUAGGGAAACAGGUUCACGGACAAGUUUUGAAGCUUGGACUUGACUCUGAUGCGUUUGUUCACACUUCCCUUAUUAACAUGUACGCCCAAACUAGCCAACUGGGUAAUGCGCGCUUGGUGUUUGAUAAAAGUCCUCUAAGAGAUGCAGUCUCUUAUACAGCGUUGAUAACGGGGUACAUUUCCAUUGGUUAUAUGGAAAGUGCUCGUGAACUUUUCGACGAAAUUCCCGUGCGAGAUGUAGUGUCCUGGAAUGCGAUUAUUGCAGGGUAUGUUCAAGCUGGUCGGUACGAAGACGCAUUGGCCUUUUUCAAAGAGAUGAUUGAAGCAAAUGUUGUUCCUAAUGAAAGCACAUUGGUGACGGUCCUUUCAGGUUGUGCUCAGUCGGGUUCUCUCGAAAUGGGGAAAUGGGUUAGGUCUUGGAUUGAUGAUAAUGGAGUUGGUUUUAAUAUUCAUAUUGUCAAUGCACUUAUUGAUAUGUAUUCUAAGUGUGGUGAUUUGGACACAGCUUCGGAUUUGUUCGAGGGUUUAGAGCAAAGGGAUGUGAUUUCAUGGAAUGUGAUGAUUGGUGGUUAUACACGUAUGAGCUGCCAUAAAGAAGCCUUAGGGCUUUUUCAGCGAAUGCUACAAUCAAAUAUAGAGCCGAGCGAUGUCACUUUCUUAAGCAUUCUUCCUGCUUGUGCUAGCCUUGGUGCUCUUGAUCUUGGCAAAUGGAUUCAUGCUUAUAUAGACAAGAAUUUUCAGUAUUCAGAUAAUAUCUCUAUUUGGACGAGUCUUAUCGAUAUGUAUGCCAAGUGUGGAAGUAUAGAAGCAGCACAACAAGUCUUUAAUAGUAUGAAACACAGAAGUUUGGCUUCUUGGAAUGCAAUGAUAUCUGGACUAGCUAUGCAUGGGCUGGCAGAGAAGGCCCUUGAGCUUUUCUCACGAAUGACCAACGAAGGAUACAAACCUGAUAAUAUCACAUUCGUCGGCGUGUUAUCUGCUUGUAGUCAUGCUGGUUUGCUUGAUCUUGGACGUCAGUAUUUUAGUUCAAUGGUCCAAGAUUAUGCAAUUUCACCCGACUUGCAACAUUAUGGAUGCAUGGUGAAUCUUCUGGGACGAGCUGGCUUGUUUGAUGAAGCAGAAUCUUUGAUCCAGAAUAUGGAAAUGAAACCAGAUGGUGCAAUCUGGGGUUCUUUGCUUGGUGCUUGUAGAGUCCAUAAACACGUUGAGUUAGGUGAAUCCGUGGCCAAGCAUCUUUUUGAGUUGGAGCCUGAAAAUCCUGGGGUUUAUGUUCUCUUGUCGAAUAUCUAUGCAGGAGCUGGUAGAUGGGAUGAUGUAGCUCGAAUAAGAACCUUGCUAAAUAACAAGGGAAUGAAGAAAGUUCCUGGUUGCAGCUCUAUUGAGGUUGACAGAGUUGUUCAUGAGUUCCUCGUCAGUGACAAAGUGCAUCCUCGCUGCAAAGAAAUUUAUGACAUGUUGAAUGAAGUCGACACGCUUUUGGAGAAGGCUGGAUUUGUACCUGAUACAUCCGAGGUGCUUCAGGACAUGGAUGAAGAAUGGAAGGAAGGGGCCUUGAGUCAUCAUAGUGAGAAGUUAGCAAUUGCUUUUGGAUUGAUCAGUACAAAGCCUGGGACAACAAUAAGAAUUGUAAAAAAUCUUAGGGUAUGUGGAAAUUGUCAUUUGGCUACAAAGCUGAUAUCAAAGAUCUUCAACAGAGAAAUUAUUGCUAGAGACAGAAACCGCUUCCACCAUUUCAAAGAUGGUUCCUGCUCAUGCAACGACCACUGGUGAAACAUUAUCAACUUGCAGUAUUUGGGAAGAAUUUAUUUGGCACAUCCAAAUCCAAGUGUAUAAAUUUGUUAAUGCCACUUGUAGAACACAUUACAUACACUCCAGAUUGACUCACUCGGUUGUCUUGACGACUAAGUCUCUUCUCCUUGUAAAUGAAAACCAACAUUUAUUUAUAAAUAUAGACAACAUAUUACAUAAGAA